AUGGCUUUGGUGCAGCCAGAAUUUACCAAAAUUACCUCAGGCAUUGUCGGUUCCGAGGGUCCCGUGUUUGAUAAAACUGGCACAUUGUAUGUGGUAGCCCCAACAGCCAACAUGGAAGGUGAUAAAUUUGGAGGGCAGGUGCUAAAAGUGGAUAUAGAACAAAAGCAGGCGAACGUAUUGUGUUUACCAGUAAUCAAUGGAGAUGGUGGUGCCCCAGCAGGGUGUCAAUGUGAUAAAGAUGGUAAUAUUAUGAUAGCUGAUAUGAGGCUAGGCAUACUGAAAGUACAAUCCAAUGGUCACUAUACACAGAUAUGUCAAGUAGAUGAUGAAGGUAAUAUCAUGCAGGGUUGUAAUGAUUGUCAUUAUGAUUAUUAUGGAAAUUUAUGGGUGACUGCACCAGCUGGUAAAAUUGCUCCACAUCCUUAUACUAGGUCCAUGGAGGAAGCUUUUGGAUCAUUAUACUGUCUGACUACAGAAGGAGAGGUUAAAAAGGUUGCCACUGAUAUUCAAUUUCCUAAUGGUUUAGCAGUACAGCAUGAUUCUGAUGGAAAACCAAAGAUACUUGUCGUUGCUGAAACACCUACCAAACUUCUAUUGGCUUUUGAUAUCACUUCUGACAAUCAGCUAGAAAACAGACGAGAAUGGGGCAAAAUGCCAGGUGAUCUAGAAGGUGGAGCUGAUGGAAUGGAUUUUGAUGAAGAUGGCAAUUUAUUAGUAGCACACUGGGGUUCCGGUCAUAUUGAGGUUUUUGGGCCGGAUGGUGGAAAACCAAGGCAGAGAAUUAAAUGCCCGUUUCAAAAAAUAAGCAAUUUGCAUUUUGUGCCUAAAUCAAAAACAGUAUAUGUCACAGAGCAUGAUGAUGAUGCAUUAUGGAAGUUUACAUGGGAGAGACCAGGGAAACCACAAUACUGUGAAUUGUAAAAUAUUAUGCAAAUAAUUGUAAAAUAUUAUGCAAAUAAAGAAAUUAUUUUCUUAAA